AUGAUGGUGAUUUAACAGAUUCCAACAUUCUAAAAGUUUUGAAUUUCAUAAUCAGUUUUUAGGAUUUAGAGGAACAACUACGUAAUUACUAAUAAAAAUGCGCAAUCAGAGGGCAAAGGUUAAUCAAAAAAAAAUGAAUGAUCCAAAUCAUGACGAUAAAUUUUUGCAACAAAUAAUGCAAUGCUUUGCUACUUGUGAUAAUUUUCUAAUAUCAAAUUUACAAGAUUUAAAAAGUAAAUUAUUGAAAGACUAACACACUAAUAUCAAGGCGGCCUGUAAAUUUUAAAGUCUAAUCUGUUUGUAAUGUUAAAACUUAAGACUUCUAGCUGAUUUCCUUAUUUCCAUUCUAUCAAAGGGAUUCAAGUUGGCUGCUACUUGA